UGUGCUGUCGAUUCGAUUUAGCGUGUGAGCCACAGUUGAGAAGAGACGCUCAGUGAACGGACCGAGACAGCUAGAGCGAUAAUGACUGGACAGUUUAUCUCGACGUACGGACACGAAUGCCGAUUCGCCAAAGACGCGUGCAUCGAUUUUGAUUUCGAUGGGCGAAAAAUCGAGAGGAUGCGAAGCAAGCUGUGAAGAAAAAGAAUAGAGGAAGGAAGGAAGGAAGGAAGAGAGAGAGAGAAAAGUCGAUGAUACAUUGGGAAAAUUCGAAAGAAAUGGGAUUGUAAAAUGGAGGAUCGAAGAAAGAGGCAAGAACAAGAGUACUCGACUUCGAAUCGAGUUCUUCGAAACGAAAAUUGCGUAGUUGUCGCGAACAGAUGAUUUGGUGCGCACACUCCCGCGCGUUCCCUUUGUGUUAUUUUCGGGCGGAAUCACCGUUCGAAGCUUUAAAUAGGACCGACUUUCCGACAAAGAAGACAGUUUACAACAUCGAUUCUACAUGCUGGAGCAUCGCAGAGUAUUCACCCUGAAAAAUUAUAGCGAUAAGGAGAAUCUGCAACUGUACGGUUAAUCCUUGUUUUUUGUCGAUUCGAAUAUGCACAACAGAUGCCUUCGGAAUGCAUCGCCAAUCCAUUGCAGCGAGAGCUAGCCGAUGCUAUAAUUCGAUUGCAAUCGCUCGACGAGAUUCGAAUCCUGCUGGCCUGCGGAGCGAAGGCGAACGAGCCUGUAACGCAGGGAUUGAGACCGUUGCAUUACGCCGUGUGGCAGAGGUACACGGAAGCGGCUCAGUUGUUGCUGGUACGUGGCGCGGACAUCGAUGCGACCGACGAAUGUGGCUAUUCGGCGUUGCAUCUUGCUGCUGAACAUGGUUAUUUGGAUUUAGUAAAAGUAUUGCUCGAGCAUGGUGCCAAAGUCGAUCAUAGACCGGAAACUGGAGAACUUUUUCCAAGGACAACUUUGUGCGACGAACCGCUGCGGCUCGCAUUGAGAAAUCGGCACGUAGAGGUGGCCAGAGUUCUGCUGGAAGCUGGCGCGAAUCCGAAUAAAAGAUACUUCUUUGGAUCGGAAAUUAAUCUGGUCUCUCCGUUGGAUCUGCAAUGCAUGGAGUUGUUGUUAGCGUUCGGGGCUCAACCGAAUACGCGGGAUCGCGCUGGACUCACACCGUUGAUGAAAGCGGCGAGACUGCCACAGGGUAUAGCUUCGGUGCUGCUUCUGCUGAGCUAUGGAGCUGACGUUAAUUCGAUGGCCGAUUCGCGACACGACUACCGGACUGUUCUGCAUUACGCGAUCCUCGGCGGCGAUCCGACGGUGAUCGAUCUGCUGCUAAAGCAAGGCGCUCGUCUCGAUCUCGGACCCGAAUAUCAGAAACCCACGGCUCUCGACCUGGCCAUUUUAAAAGGAGAUCCCUCGAUAGUACAAAUGCUGCUGAAAUCGGGUGCUGAUGUAAAUGCUACCUCGCCGAUCAUCGGAUCGCCCCUUCACGUUGCCUGCGCCGACAACAUUCCGAAUAGACUGGAAAUCCUGUCGAUGUUGCUGGAACGAGGAGCGGACCCGAACUUGGUGAUACGCAGCGACGAAGGUCCCGCGUUGAGACCGGUUCUCGCAGAAUACGUCGCUUCGAACGAGAAUCCUUCGGUCGAGGUGGUAGCCCUUUUACUCAAAUACGGGGCAAGGGUCGUCAUCAAGACGCAGUUCCGCGACCCUCACGGCAUAUUGAACUCUCUUCAGAACACGGCUGAUAAGCCACGAUUGCUGAAGGCGUUGUUGGAAGCGGCAGAAAGUUUCGAUCCUUGCAUGAUAAGAAGAUCGAGUAGUUUGACAGAUGCACAAAAAGCACUUGUGAUGAAAGCAGCACGGACUCCAUUGCCCUUGACUCAUCAAGCCAGGCUAAUAGUUCGCAAACUUUGCGGCACUAAAUUGCCCAAAAUUGUUCGUACGCUACAAUUACCUCAGUCGUUGCAUCGCUAUCUUCUCUACGAUUUUCACUGAUCCGUCGUCGGAUCCAAUCGACGUCUCGUUGCGGCUUUCUGUUCGCAGCAUGAUCGUAUCGUAUCGCACAUGGCGCAAGCGUGCUAUUGUUUCUCCUCCUUGUUCGUUGCGCUCGGUCACCAUCGCUGCCUCUCUCGGUCGACUCUUUCGUCGCUGCGUUGUUCUCGCUAUUCUUGUCUAUUCGUUGAUACGAUUCGUUUGAAAUUAUCGGUUCGCAUGUCUCGGUGUUGUUUGACCUAGCAUGUUUAAGGAACAUGUGCAUUUCGUUCGAACGUAUUUCCGACCGUGCUUGACAAAUAUAGCGAUCGAUGUCCACUGGUACAUCUUUUCAUUAUGAUUCUGAGCGUUCGUCGAUGUACCAUCCAUUUGACCGCAAUUAUGAAAUAAGAUACAGAGUCGAAUUCUAUUCCUACGAGGUAUAUAUUUUCAUUUCAGAUAGAUGUUUCAUUUGCGUCAUGAUCGAAAAUCGUUGUUCGUGAUUUUUACGUACGCUCCACUAUUACUUUCCUACCAGCGACUUAUCCACUAAACUUUUGUAUGUUUAUUUAGCACGCGUCCUAAUAUUUGUAAAUUUGUAUAUCCGCGUAAAUAGGAUAAGGGUCUGAAUAGCGCGGAUGUGUGUGUACGUUUGUCGUAUACGUAGCCGUUCUGAUACAUAUACUUACAUGUGUCAUUGUAUAUACAUAUUUUGCACACUUGUGGCGCUGCAUAAAAUUUACGAGAUGAAAUAAAAUAAACGAUAUCUCUAUGUUAUAUUAUGUAUCAUGACUAAAGAAACCGCCUCGUUUCACGAACUCUGAAUAUGUGAUUCUUUGUACAAAGUGUUUCGAAUAAUUCGAAAAAUAUGUAAAACUGAGCGGAACGAAACGGUAGAAAUUGAAUGGAAUGGGGAACGGACGGCAGACGAAAAAUGGUUGGAGAGAGGAAAACAAGGUAUCACGUGUAAAUCUGAAAAAAGAACAUAUAUAGAUGUAGAAAAAGUGUAAUAUGCGCGUGUACAACAGGCACAAAUAUACGUAGCUGGGUUGCCCACGAAA